AUGGGAUCGAAGCGCAAAAGAGAUGAAGCAUCACCUGUUCGUAAACGAGCUACUCAAUCAACUAAUAUUACAACAUCAGUUAAAUUGACUGAACUUAAAGCAAUAAUAGAAAACGGUCUCAAAAAUCACCCCAUGAAAAUGGCAGCAAGACAGUAUCUUUCCAACACAAAGGGAGAAAUUGAUAUCGAUCAAUUAGUGAAGUUAUUAGACGAGUCAAGCGCCCAGCCAAAAUCGGAAAAACUUCUAAAAGCUCUCACCGAACGAGGUGAAAAUAUGCCUGAUUUUCUUACUGUCCGCGAUAUUAAUGAUAGUUGUCUCGAAUGUACAUUAGAUUCAAAUAAACACGCUGUAUAUGUAUUAACAAUCACUCUACCAAAGACCAUAUAUAAUAAUAUGAAAAAUCAUCCAAAAUUUAGAAAAUGGAAAAUUAUGAAAAAAGCUCAUGUCGAUGGCGAGUUUGUUUAUCUCAAAGGAAAAAUAGGUGAAACUACUAAUUUUUAUAAUCGUAGCAAGUCAUAUUAUAAGAAGAAUUAUAGUAAUGAAAAAAAUCCACUAUCUCGAGUACUAGCCUAUCUAAAAACACAAGAUGAAACAUCUGGUAAGCGACAAUUUCGUGAAUGGGUUCGCAUAUGGCCAAUCCUGUCUGGCAAGAACAUGAAUACUGAAGAAGAAACAAUAAAAAUGGAAACAUUUUGUUCGUUUUUGAUUGGUCCGAAAGGAAAUAGUGGUUAUUAUUAUGUGGGGCGAGUACAUAAUUUAACUACCGAAGCGAAACGAGAAAAUGGUGAACGACUCAUUAAAUAUGGAAAGAAACUUGUGAAGCGUCCGGGUGAAGCGAUGAUAACACGUCAUCAACUCAAUGCUAUAAGAUUAAAUAAAUUGAUGUUGGAGAUGGUCGAAGGUCCGGAUGGAACGAUGAUAACACGUAAUCAACUCAAUGCUAUAAGAUUAAAUGAAUUAAUGUCAGAGAUGAUCGAAGGUCCGGAUGGAACGAUGAUAACACGUAAUCAACUCAAUGGUAAAAGUUUAAGUAAAUUGAUGUCAGAGAUGAUCGAAGGUCCUGGUGGAGAGAUGGUGAAACGUCGAACAAUAGCAGUUAAAAAUAUGGUAGAACAGAGACGUCAAUCUAUCUGCCGAAGUGAUGGAGUUGUCAGAACUGGUUUUCAACAGGGCAUGGUUACACGCAAUUCAAAUGAUUCGGAAGAAGCCAAAAAUACUAUUGAUGCAUUUGUCAAACGAACUAAUAUCUAUCAAAAACCUGGCUAUGAAGAGCCUAGAGUCAUUUUAGCGUGUGCUUCUAAAAUUCCCAAUUUAUGUUGUUAUGGUUUAUCAUGUUAA